GGUUGAUAAUAACAUGGGUGGGCUCGAGGGGGCGGUGGUGUACUGUCAAUGAUGAGAAUAUGUAGUCACGCAUUAAUGAAUUUAAGUAAUGAUUUAUCACUCAGGUUUAUACGUUAAAUUGUGCGUUAGGAAAUAGCAUCAGUGUAACAGAACCGGAGCUCGACUGGUGACCUUUGGUUGUCGUCACCGUGUCGGUGUGUGAGAGACCCGGGGAGGAGCAGCGAGUGAGACGUUAGCUAGCUUAGCUAGCUAGUUAGCUAGUUCAGUCAUCAGGAAGAAGUGUCAACGCCUGCACCAAGGGACGAAGAGAGCCCGUUUGUGGUCAUGGCUGCCCUCGGUAACUCCGGGGCCGCUUCCAGUCCGAUGGUGGUCCUGGCUCCGAAGACUAAAACGAAAAAGAAACAUUUCGUGCAGCAGAAGGUGAAAGUGUUUCGAGCCAGCGACCCCGUCAUGAGCGUCUUCAUGUGGGGCGUCAAUCACUCGAUCAAUGAUCUCAACCAGGUACCUGUUCCUGUCAUGCUGCUGCCCGAUGACUUUAAAGCCAACACUAAGAUCAAAGUCAACAACCACCUCUUCAACAAAGAAAAUCUUCCAGGACAUUUUAAGUUCAAAGAAUACUGUCCUCAGGUCUUCCGAAAUCUAAGGGAACGGUUUGGUAUUGAGGAUCUGGACUAUCAGGUUUCAUUGACUCGCAGCCCCCCGUUGAGGAGUGUAGAUGACCAGGGGGAGGGUCUGCUCCUCAACUCCUACGACCGAACGCUGGUCAUCAAGCAAAUCUCCAGCGAGGAUGUUGCAGACAUGCACAACAUCCUGUCUGAGUAUCACCAGCACAUAGUGAAGUGUCACGGCAGCACCCUGCUGCCCCAGUUCCUGGGGAUGUACCGGGUGAGCGUGGACAGCGAGGAGACCUACCUGAUCGUCAUGAGGAACAUGUUCAGCCACAGACUGAUUGUACACAGGAAGUAUGACCUGAAGGGCUCUCUGGUGGCUCGUGAAGCAAGUGACAAAGAAAGGGGAAAAGAGCUCCCCACCUACAAGGACAUGGACUUCAGGAACAACCUGCAGAAGGUGUAUGUGACGGAUGAGCAGAAGGAGAAGUUCAUGGAGAAACUCAACAGAGACGUGGAGUUUCUGGUGAGACUGAAGAUCAUGGACUACAGUUUGCUGCUCGGUAUCCACGAUGUGGGUCGAGCUGAGCGGGAUGAGGAGGAGGGCGAGGAGGUUUCCAACGAGGAAGAAGCCGAAGCGGAGAACGGCCUGGCACCGGGGGCCACGGCGGGCUCCUACGGCACCUCUCCAGAGGGAAUCGCUGGCUACAUGUCCUGCUGCAAACCUCUGGGGCCCGGCGAGUUCGACCCCUACGUGGACGUGUACGCAGUCGCCAGCUGCCCAGGAGCCCCUCAUAAGGAAGUCUACUUCAUGGGCCUGAUUGACGUACUCACUCAGUACGACACCAAGAAGAAAGCCGCUCAUGCAGCAAAAACGGUCAAACACGGGGCUGGUGCUGAAAUCUCCACAGUCCACCCCGAGCAGUACGCCAAACGAUUUCGCGACUUCAUCUCCAACAUCUUCGCGUGACCGCCGCCGCGAGUCGAUCCAGCCGAGAGCUAAACUUGUUUUUAUCUUUGACCAAAAAAUAGUAUGCACACGCAGAUCAUGAUUUAAAUAUGGUGAUCUGAGGCGAGACUACUUACCUUGUAGCAACAUAAUGUACUACUUCUGAUGCAUAUAUUUAUUUUUAAGAUUUAAGAUGCAUUUCUUAUAUAGUAGACUCUUUAAACAGAAUAACUCUGGAGCAUCAGGGUACAUUGAAACAAACUGCUGUUGAUCAGUGUUAGACCACAUCUGUGCGAGAUCAAAUAUUAGUUAUGUUCCCCAGGCUUUCUUAAAGGAAGAGUUUGACAUUUUGGGGAAGUGCGCUUAUUUGCCUAAUGACAGUAGUUAGGUGAGAAGAUUGAUACCACUCUCAUGCGUCUGUUAAAGGUUCCCUGUGGAGUGUUUGACCUCUUUUCAUUUCUUCAUGAAUGGGUUCCUGUUAGGUUUGUCUCUUACACGAGGACGCAUGUGCGCACUAUGCUCAGUCCUGCCAAUGGUGACCUACAGGUGGCGGCAACACGCCAACAUCAGGGGUGUAAACGAUGCUGGACUGAAAAGACUUAAAAACUCAGCUUUGCACAUGUUUUAUGAGAAAGGAAAUGUAUUCAACACGUGUGUUAGACGUCAAGGAUACACCCAAUGUGUUUUCACUGAAUGUAAACACAAGAAACCCCAGGCACCUUUUAAUGUGACACUAUAGGAGGACCAGGCGACCGUUAGCUUAGCUUAGCUUAGCUUAGCUUAGCAUAAAGACUGGAAACCAGGGGGAAAGGCUAGCCUGCCUCUGUUCAAAAGUAGAACAAAUGCUCUUGCCAGCGCCUCUAAAGACAACAGUUUGUCAUAAGAGCUUAUGAGGAGUUUUGUGCACAACUUGUCGUUUUUACAUCUUGGUUUUUGUACGGAUUAAAUUAUAUAACACGUAAUUAGUGAGCUUUAGGUUUUGUUAUCUUUGAGCCAGGCUAGCUGUUUCCAGGGUUUCCUGGACCUAUAGCUUCACGUUGCCCUGAUGAGUUCUCUUGUAAACAAACAAAAGUUGUUACAUUCAGUGAAAAACGCAUUUGGUGUGUCCUUGAUGCUAAGCUAAGCUAACCGGCUGCUGGCUGUAGCCUUGUAUUGGUGUUGCUCCUCUAAUUUAACUCUCAGUAUAAAAAAUAAAAAAAAACAAAUAAACCCAGCUCUCAAAACUCGCAACUAUUCCUUUAGUCCUAGAAUAAUGUUUAAUGGAAAUGGGUGUUAAAAGCUUAAUGGGUGUCUACACUCGAGACAUAUUAUUUAUCUGAAGCAGGCCACUUGAAUGUUUAGAGUGCCAAAUGUGUGGGAUCCAAACUUUAUCCUAGGAGGUUUCUGGACAUAAUGAAAUUAUCUCUGUUCUGACAGACCACUUAAAUCUCAAACGACCUUGUCAAUUAAAUGGUAAAUGUGUGGUAUUUAAAUAGAGAGCACUUCAAACAACUGAGCCUGUAAUCAUGUUGGGCAGCUCUGCAUCUCUUAGCUUCCUUUCCCCACAGAACUGGGCCAGCAUUUAGGAUCAGGUCUGCCUUUUUAAUGAAAUUCCUUCAUGUGUCGACGUGUCAUUUCAAGACACUUCUUGAUAGUGAGCCCAUACGUUAUUAUUCUGGACACACUCCUUUUUUUAACAUGGUGUAGUGUUUUGUGCAUUAAAAUGGCAAAUGUGCACUAUGUGAAUCAUUGUGAUAGGGUGAGAUUUAGACAAACAAAGCACUAAAACUAAGAACUAUUGUCUGUGUAUUGUAAUGGCAUUCAGUGAUAACCAGUGUACUGUGUAAAGCAUUGUUGACAAUAACACUACAUUUCAGUAGCUUCUGCAGUUAGCCUUAACACAGCGAUAUUGUGCAGCAUUCCUAGACACUGGCAAGGCAGCAUAGAUAGUUCCUCUGUACGAUGCCUCAUCUACUCGAUAAUCGCACAUGUUGUAUUUUUGCAAAUCAGCUUUUGGACCAAAAUAUAUUUUACAAAGAAUUUCUGAAAA